AUGCUCCUAAUAGGCCUCACCGGCUCCAUCGCCACGGGCAAAUCCACCGCCUCGCGCAUCCUCUCCUCGCCCCCGCACAACCUCCCCAUCAUCGACGCCGACGUCCUCGCGCGCACCGUCGUCCUCCCGGGCACCCGCGCCCACGCCCGCAUCGUCUCGCACUUUGCCGCGAGCACGCCAGACCUCCUGAACGCCGACGGCACGCUGAACCGGCCCGCGCUCGGGCGGCGCGUGUUUGGCGCCGGCGAGGAGCGGAGGAGGGAUCGCGAGGCGCUGAAUGGGAUUACGCAUCCGGCCGUCAGGUGGGAGAUGUAUAAGCAGCUCCUGCGCCACUACCUCCGCGGGCACUGGGCCGUGGUGCUCGACGUCCCGCUCCUCUUCGAGGCGCGCCUGGACGUGCUCUGCGGCGCCGUGCUGGUCGUCGCUGUCUCGUCGGCUGAGGUGCAGUUGGGGCGGCUGCUGGCGCGGGACGGGGGCCUGACGCGGGAGGAGGCGGAGGGGCGCGUGGCGGCGCAGAUGCCGCUAAGGGAGAAGGUCGCGCUGUGUGAGGGCGUGUAUGGGCGGCGGGGGAGGGGCGUGGUGGUGGUGAAUGAUGGCGGUGUGGAGGAGUUGGAGGCGGAGCUGGGGAGGGUGGUGGAGGGGUUGGCGGUGGGGAGAGCGGGGUGGUGGAGGUGGGUGUGGUGGGUUGGGGGGCCGGUGGUGGGGGGGUGGGUGUUGGUGGGGAAUUUGUGGGGGAGGUGGAGGUGGGGGAGGAAGGGGGGGGCGAAGGCGAAGUUGUAG